UUUUUAUUACUUCAAGAAAAUACCUGAAACAAAAAAUCUCCACCUUGAAUUCCCACCAAAAAUUUAAUCUUUUUUAAAAGAUUUAAUGGAUUCAGCAUUCAAAUUGACCUGAAAAUAUCAUUUCUUUAAUUCUUUAAAAUCUUUAAAAAAAACUGUUAAAAAUGAGUAUUUUAACUACGUUUCGCGGGAAUUUCACUCCAUUGUUGUGCCCAUUAGUUUCAUAUUGUAGUUCUUGCUCUAAUUCUGUUACUUUUCACAGAAAGAUACGGUGUCGUUUGAGGGAUGUCAAGCUGAACAUCGUUUCUCCAAGGUUUUGUGAAAAGAGAGUGAUUGUUUGUAGAGUUACUGAGAAUGAGAAUGAGAGUGAAGCUGAUGGUAACAAUGAUGAGAAAAAAGAAGUGCAUAAUGAAGGAGAAGAGACACCAGCUACCGCCGAUCCUGGAGGACAAGUCGAUUCUGAACCUAAUUCGCAGCCUUCACAAGUGAAUAUGAUUAGCAGUAAUGAAGCAGAAACUAAUACUCCAAGUAGCACUCAGGAUGCAGAUGCUGAAAAUGUUGCUAGUGGGUCUCCUCUUCCAGGUGUGAAGCCACAGCAAUUGGAUGAAUCAUUCAGGAUUCCUAAGGCAACAAUUGAUAUUCUUAAGGACCAAGUAUUUGGAUUCGAUACCUUUUUUGUAACAAGCCAGGAGCCAUAUGAGGGCGGUGUCUUGUUCAAAGGAAACCUGAGAGGGAAGGCUGCUACAAGCUAUGAGAAGUUAAAAAGCAGAAUGCAGAAUAAAUUUGGCGAAGAGUAUAAGCUUUUCCUUCUAGUUAAUCCAGAGGAUGAUAAACCAGUGGCCGUUGUUGUUCCGAGAAAGACCCUGCAACCAGAGACAUCAGCUGUCCCAGAGUGGUUUGCAGCUGCGUCUUUUGGAAUUGUUACAAUUUUUACCUUACUUCUCCGAAAUGUUCCUGCGUUACAAACCAAUCUACUAUCUACAUUUGACAAUGUUGAGUUAUUAAAGGAUGGCCUGCCUGGAGCCCUUGUAACUGCACUUAUUCUUGGGGUACAUGAAGUCAGCCACAUAUUAGUUGGGAAAAGCUGUGAUGUCAAGUUCGGAGUGCCAUAUUUUGUUCCGAGCUGGCAGAUAGGCUCUUUUGGUGCUAUCACAAGGAUAGUAAAUAUUGUGCCAAAACGUGAAGAUCUUCUGAAGGUUGCAGCUGCAGGACCUUUAGCUGGGUUUGCUUUGGGUUUCGUUCUUUUCCUUAUCGGAUUUAUCUUACCGCCUAGUGAUGGUAUUGGACUUGUUGUCGAUGCUUCUGUCUUUCACGAGUCGUUUCUUGUUGGGGGCAUAGCUAAACUUCUUCUAGGUGAUGCACUCAAGGAAGGCACCCCCAUAUCUGUAAACCCGCUUGUGUUAUGGGCAUGGGCUGGUCUUCUUAUUAAUGCCAUCAAUAGCAUCCCAGCAGGGGAGCUCGAUGGAGGACGGAUUUCUUUCGCCAUAUGGGGGAGAAAGGCUUCAUCUCGGUUCACGGCCGUCUCCAUCGGCCUACUAGGGGUAUCGGCAUUGUUUAGCGACGUGGCAUUUUACUGGGUAGUUUUGAUAGCCUUCUUACAAAGAGGCCCGAUCGCUCCGCUCUCUGAGGAGAUAUCAGAUCCUGAAGAAAAGUAUAUUUCUCUAGGAAUUUUGGUUUUGGCAUUAGGAUUGUUGGUAUGUUUGCCAUAUCCAUUUCCUUUUACAGAUGAAGUCCUUAAUACUAGUUUUUAGUCACAUUGUGUCCUUAUAUCAUAUAUACUUUACUGGAUCAUCAAAGUUCAAAGUUAAACUUAGGUUAUUGAGAGUUAGGAUUAUGCAGACAGCAAAUAAAGCAGGUGAAAUGUAAAUGAUGUUUAUGAGGCAAUGGAUGAUUCACAUGCAAAUGGUUUUUAUUUUUUAUUUUAAUGGAAAAGGGUCAUAUAUGCCCCUAAUAUUUGGUCCGGAAA